GACUGAUAACGAGGGCCUGGGAGUUGAGCAGAUCGACCCAGAAAAUAUAUGAUCAGAUUUACUAUAAAGCGUUGGCCAGCUCCAUUACCCAUUCUUCCAUUCACCCUGUGUUCAUACACAAUACGUUUGUUUUUAUUUUGGACCACCAUUUUGUAAAGACGCAGUGAUCACAACAGAAUACGGAUCAACUCACCACGGAGAGAAACACAUGAGGAGACUGAGAGCAGACCGCUGACCAGACACCCGUGACGAGGACCUGUUUCCUUGAACACCAAGACAGAUCCCCUCAGGAAAAGAGAGGGAAAAAGGAGAAAGAAUAGAAGGGAGUCUAUAAAAGGAGACGGUCGUCUCAUCAUCCAGCGGGUGCCACCGAGGCGAAGUAUCAGGUGAGAGUAAGCAGGAGAGGAUCGGAGGUACAGGGUAAGGGGUCGGACAGCUCUACCCCCCUCACCCCCCACCCCACCCCACCCCACGCACGAAGAGUGAGAUUGUGUGGUUGUCCUCGCCGCCGCUGUUGUUCUAGUGACCGCCAUCAUGAAGCUGAAGGAGGACAUGAGCCCGCUGCUGUUGCAGGUGUUCCGGUCAGUGGUGUGGGUCUACUCGGUCAUCACCUUCCUGCCCUGGUACGUGCUCUCGGGCGCCAGCGCUAGCCAACGGCGCGCCAAGCGUCUGAAGGCGCGCACGGUGAGCGGGCGGCCCGCCGGGCCCUACAGGUCGGUCAACAGCGCCCAGCGGCUGGUGUCAGCGCUGCACGAGGGCGUGGACACGCUGGACAAGGUGUUUGAGUACGCGGCGCAGCACUUUCCCCAGCGGGACUGCCUGGGCACACGGGAGCUGCUCAGCGAGGAGGACGAGCUGCAGCCCAACGGCAAAAUCUUCAAGAAGGUGAUCUUGGGGGAGUAUCAGUGGAUGUCGUAUGAGCAGGCGUUCCAGGCGGCGCAGCACUUUGGCAGUGGUCUGGCCUCUCUAGAGCAGAAGCCACUGUGCAACAUCGCCAUCUUCUGUGAGACACGGGCCGAGUGGAUGAUCGCUGCCCAGGCCUGCUUCAUGUACAACUUCCCCGUGGUGACGCUGUACUCCACCCUCGGAGGCCCCGCCAUUGCUCAUGGGCUGAACGAGACUGAGGUCACACACAUCAUCACCAGCAAGGACCUACUACAGAGCCGACUGAAGGCGAUUCUGUUGGACGUUCCCAGGCUGCAGCACAUUAUUGUGGUGGACAGUAAGCCCACCACCUGGCCAGGAAUGCCCAGAGGCAUCAUGGUCCACAACAUGGACGCCGUGCAGGAACUCGGGGCCAAGCCAGAGAACAUGGCGAAGCCACGUGCCCAGCCGCUGCCGUCGGACAUUGCCGUGAUCAUGUACACAAGCGGCUCCACGGGCAUCCCCAAAGGAGUCAUGAUCUCCCAUAGCAACAUCAUCGCCGGCAUCACCGGCAUGGCGGAGCGCAUCCCUGACCUGGAUGAGAAUGACACCUACAUCGGGUACCUGCCCCUGGCCCACGUGCUGGAACUAAGUGCUGAGCUGGUCUCUCUGUCUCACGGGUGCCGUAUCGGAUACUCCUCCCCUCAGACGCUAGCUGACCAGUCCACUAAGAUAAAGAAGGGCAGUAAGGGGGACACCAGUGUGCUGAAGCCCACCCUGAUGGCGGCCGUGCCGGAGAUCAUGGACCGUAUCUACAAGAAUGUCAUGACUAAGGUGGAGGAGAUGAGCAGUGUCCAGCGCAGUCUCUUCGUGCUCGCCUACAACUACAAGAUGGAGCAGAUCUCCAAAGGCUACGGCACGCCGCUCUGUGACCGGCUGGUGUUUAAUAAGGUACGCUCUCUGCUUGGGGGGAACACGCGUCUGCUGCUGUCGGGCGGAGCGCCCCUCUCGGCCGCCACACAGCGCUUCAUGAACAUCUGUUUCUGCUGCCCCGUGGGACAGGGCUACGGCCUCACCGAGACCUGUGGAGCGGGCACCAUCAGCGAGAUGUGUGACUUCAGCACAGGAAGGGUGGGGGCGCCACUGGUCUGCUCUGAGAUCAAACUGAAGGACUGGGAAGAGGGAGGUUACUAUAGCACUGACAAACCCAACCCACGAGGGGAGAUCCUGAUCGGGGGCCCAAAUGUUGCCAUGGGUUACUACAAGAACGAGGCCAAGAAAGUGGAGGACUUUUUUGUUGAUGAGAAUGGCCAGCGCUGGUUCUGUACGGGAGACAUCGGGGAGUUCCACCCCGACGGAUGCCUCAAGAUCAUCGACCGCAAGAAGGACCUUGUAAAGCUGCAGGCUGGAGAGUACGUAUCUCUGGGAAAGGUGGAAGCCGUGUUGAAAAACUGCCCCCUCAUUGACAACAUCUGUGCCUAUGCGAACAGUGACCAGUCGUACGUCAUCAGUUUCGUGGUGCCCAACCAGAAGCAGCUGACGUCACUGGCGGAGCAGAGCGGUGUGCGGGGCUCGUGGGAGGAGGUGUGCAACAGCCCCGUCAUGGAGAAGGAAGUCUUGCGCGUCAUCACCGACGCCGCCGUCACAGCAAACAUGGAGCGCUUUGAGAUCCCCAAGAAGAUCCGCCUGAGCGCCGAGCCCUGGACCCCGGAGACGGGCCUGGUGACCGACGCCUUCAAGCUCAAACGCAAAGAGCUGAAGUCCCACUACCAGGACGACAUCGAGAGGAUGUAUGGGGGCAAGUGACGCUGGCGCACGGUGGGGGAAGUCUUCUCCACACAGCACCUCUGCCCCACCCUGGUGUAAGGAGAGCCACACACACACACACACACACACACACACACACACACACACACACACUUUCUCCUCCUCCUCCUCGUCCUCCUUAUUCCUCGAACUUGGACUGGACCAGUGACCGUGACAGGGGAAAGAGUAGGAGUUACUUGAAUCCGUGGAAAACACAGUUACUUCGUGAACUAGGGGAGAGAGCGAGAGAGAGAGAGAGACAGACAGAGAGUCAGAGGUUGAGAGAAAGCCAGAGAGAGCAAGAGAGAGAGACAGAAUGAUGGAGAAAAAAAGAGGGAGAAGCUGUAGCCUAGCACCCCCCGCCCCCUUUGAGUGGGAUGUUUGUCGCUCAAACGGACGUCUCCAGGCAGCCGUGUGGCCAGACGGCUGAGUCAUUCGCACCUCGUCCUGCUUUCUCUCUCUUUUGGUUUUGCUGUUCUCGUUAAAAAAGGAUGUGGAGUCUUGACUGCCCCCCCUCCUUCUCUGUCUCGUUGGUUCCUUCUUUCUUUUCUUCCCCAGAUGGAUUUUCUUUCCCUUCUUUUUUCCCUUCUUUUUUCCAUUUUCUCUUUUCCACUAUUGAGCAUGUGCAGGGAAAAAGAUGAGUUUAUUCAUUGUUGUUUUUGUUUUUUUACUUUGUUUGACGGUUAUGCUUUUUGUGUUUAUGUUUAUUUGUUUGUUUAUUUUGCUUUGUUUUGGUGUAUGCAUUACACAUGUCGGUGAGUCUUUUGUUCGCUUGAACAGCACCAGGUGAUGGCACCUUUUGGAAAAGCCCUGAUCUGCCCUCAUCAGGCAUGAAUGGCCUCCUCCAUCAUUAAUCAUUAUUUUUUCUCCUUUUUCUUUAUUUCUUUCUUUCUUUCUUUCUCUCUCUCUUUUUCUCUCUCUCUCUCUCUCUCCAUUCUGUUACUCUCCCAAUCGUUUUUCGCCGACCUGUAUACCCUCCCAAAGGCUGUUAAUACUUCUGCUUGUUUCACUCUGUUUUGUUCUCUUGUUCUCUGUACGCUGUACUGUUUACUGACUGUUCUGAUAAUAGUAAAUAAUAAUAUGCUAAGUUGCUGUACUAUAACAUUGUACCAUACUGUGCACUCCCGUGCUUGCAUAUGAAGGAGUCUAUGUGCCUGAGGGGGACAGGGAACUCACUGGGACUGAUGGCCACGUUGCCAUGACGAUGGCAGGUCACCAACUCUAUUAUGCCUGGACUCAAGUGACAUACAGAGAGCAUUAUGAAGAUUACUUAGGACAAACCAGCAGGAAUCAAGCCCCCCCCCCCCCCCCCCCCUUGCCACCAAGCUGAUGACAUUUGCAUAGUAAGGUGUGAUUGUGUGUAUCUGUCUGCGUGCCUUUGCGUCUAUCAGUCUGUGUAUGUGUCUGUGAGUGGAAACACGAAUUGCGAAUUGAAGUAAAUCCUUUUGUGUGUCUGUGUGUGAGUAUAUGCAGGUGUGGGUCACUAGACCCACUCUUUGAAGUGUGUGUGUGUGUGUGUGUGAGCAUUUGUCAGCCAAUGUUAACUCACUAUGGUUCCUCAUGUAACUGAAAUAUCCUCAAUCUCCUUGUGACUUACGUCCCAAAAUGGGUACACAGGUCACACAAAAAUGUAAACAAAACAAUUUUCUUUACAUUUUCCAUCUGUUCAUAAGUCUUUAAAUGUAUUUCUGAACAUGAUGCCAUGUAUUCUGUAACCAGUGACCAAUGUAUUGCAUGGAUAUUUGCAAGGGAACAAAUUGUUGUAGAAUAAACUGAUAGACAUUUUUGUCCAUUCUAGAGAUGUUUUAAGGAUUGUCAUUACUUGCGUAUGUACAGAAAGCAUACCCUAGAUAUUCUUUUUAGCCAUCGAAAACUCGUUCUUAAUAGUUCUCAUAUGUCGAGAAACAGUUCGUACCAUCUACAAAUACAAAAAGUUUAAUUUUGAAUGUGCAAUAUACCAAAUUGUGUAAUGGAAGCGCACACAUAGACCCACUAAAGGCAUGAAUGUCUAGAGUGUUUUUAAAACAAAUAUUUCUUCAAAUGAAAGUGGGCGUUAGGAACUCCUGACUAGUGUAGCCUUAUCCCGGGGUGUUGAACAUGUACUGUGUGAGAUGUCAAUGGGCCUGUCUUGUUUUUACUACUAGAUUUUGUCAUUAUUUUAUCUGUGCAUGGUUGAAAUGCAAUGAAAUUGGGGAGGGGCUUUCAACACACACACCAAGCUUUUAUGAAGUGGUGGUGAUCAGUAUAAGAUUUGAUCAGGUGGUCCACGGUUUGGUAUGUGGGUAUAUGGGCUGGUGAAGAGUUGGUUGGACCCAAGCGCUACACAUUUGAGUUGGAUGUAUUGAAUUGAUUAAGUGCUCUAAUGUUCCUGAGUUGGGGCAUAUAUCGGGAAUAUUCCACACAAAAGCUUGUACAUAAGACAAGUUUAUUUACUUGUAGUUGUUCCAUAUCUUCUCUGGUUUAGUAAAUAUAAACAUUUAAUAGGUAAAUACACUUAAUCUAAAGCUAUAAUAUUGAUGUAACUCCAGGAAAAUCAUCAAGCAUUCUCUCUACUGAACCGACCCUUUCACUCGCUAAACGUAAGAGAACAGAAAACAUUACUUUCCCACCCUGGAUGCCAGUGGACUGUGGACUGGCUCCAGGACCUGGUCCUGCGGUCGGCUCCAGGGCCGACUGGUCAUCUGGGGUCAGGGCUCACUCUUCAGCUCCUUUGGCUUUUUCCGCUUGUCUCUUUCACCCCCUACUGAUUUGAAGGUCAGAGAUUGGGGAUGCAAACGAUACUUCCGCUACACUAAUGUUGCUUUCUACGGACAGAGAGAGAGAGGGGUGGGGUGGGAGCCUUUCUGCUUUACCCACCCACAUGGUUGUUUUUAAUGUGUGUAUGUGUUUUUUUGAGUGUUUAUUUGUUUUGUUUGCUUUUUUUAUUCGGGGUCAAUAAAAGAUUAUGAAUUUGA